AUGACCCAGCGAUCCUCGGUGACCAUCAAGUCUGGGGGCGCGCGGAACUUCAGUGCCUCCUCAGCUAGCCUCCUUCCAGGCUGUCGGCCCGGUUUCAGCUCUAUCUCUGUGUCCCAGAGCGGGAAGAGUUUUGGAGGUGGCAUAGGGGGUGGUUUUGGGACAAGAAGCCUACACAGCUUUGGGGGUAACAAGAGAAUCUCCAUCGGCGGGAGCUACCGCUCCAGCCGAGCCAGCUUUGGGGGCUCUGCCUGUGGUCUGGGUGUCAGCGGCAUAGGAUACAGAGUUGGAGGAGCCUAUGGCGGGUAUGGAUUUGGAGGUGGGAUGGCCCCUGGAGCUGGAGGCAUCCAUGAAGUCACUGUCAACCAGAGUCUUCUCACACCCCUCCACCUGGAGAUCGACCCAUCUCUCCAGCGGGUUCGAAAGGAGGAGAGGGAGCAGAUCAAGACCCUCAACAACAAGUUUGCCUCCUUCAUUGACAAGGUGCGGUUCCUGGAGCAGCAGAACAAAGUCUUAGAGACCAAAUGGAGCCUCCUCCAAGAGCACAAAACAACCAGGACCAAUCUAGAGCCCAUGUUUGAAGCCUACAUCACCAACCUGAAGCGUCAGCUGGAGUGCCUGGGAGGGGAGCGGGGUAGACUGGAGACGGAGCUGAAGAACAUGCAGGACGUGGUGGAAGAUUUCAAGAACAAGUACGAAGAGGAAAUCCACAGACGCACAGCAGCAGAGAAUGAGUUUGUGGUACUCAAAAAAGACGUGGAUGCUGCCUACAUGAACAAGGUGGAGCUAGAGGCCAAGGUGGAUGCCCUAAUGGAUGAGAUCAACUUCCUGAGAGCUUUCUAUGAGGCGGAGCUGGCUCAGCUUCAGGCUCAAAUCUCUGAGACCUCUGUGGUUCUAUCCAUGGACAACAACCGAAGCCUGAACCUGGACAGCAUCAUCUCUGAGGUCAAGGCCCAGUAUGAGGACAUUGCCAACCGCAGCCGGGCAGAGGCUGAAUCCUGGUACCAGACCAAGUAUGAGGAGCUGCAGCGGUCUGCUGGCCAACGUGGGGAUGACCUCCGUACCACUAAGAUGGAGAUCUCUGAGCUGAACAGGGCCAUGCAGAGGUUGCGUUCUGAGAUUGAUAACCUGAAGAAGCAGUGUGCCACACUCCAGGCUUCCAUUGCCGACGCCGAGCAGCGUGGGGAGCUGGCUCUUAAAGAUGCUAAGAACAAACUGGCCGAGCUGGAGGACGCCCUGCAGAAGGCCAAGCAGGACAUGGCCCGGCAGCUUCGCGAAUACCAGGAGCUGAUGAACGUCAAGCUGGCCCUGGACAUCGAGAUCGCCACCUACCGCAAGCUGCUGGAGGGCGAGGAGUGCAGGCUCACCGGAGAAGGCAUUGGUGCCGUGAACAUCUCUGUGGUCUCUUCCUCUGGGGGCACCGGCUACAGUGGAGGUGGUGGUCUGUGCAUGAGUGGCGGAGGCUACAGCGGAGGAGGCGGCUACAGUGGGAGUGGCCUCUGCUUUGGCGGAGGCAGCAGCAGUGGAGGCUUCAGCUCCACCAGCGGUCGCAGUGUGAGCGGCAGCAGCUCAAGCAUGCGAAUUGUCUCCAAGACAUCAUCCACCAAGAGUUACAGGAGCUAA